GCUCUGGGAGCACGCAGCACGGCGAUCGGCAGUGCGCUGUGUCCCUAGGACACAGCGGAUCACCAAUCCAUGGAAAGAGCCGAAGAUGUCAGCUCGAGGGGACAUGUGCACUGAUCAUCCGGGCACUGAUGAUCAGUGUGCCCUGAUGAGCAAUCUAGCCCCAGCAGUGCCAUCUGUCAGUGUCCAUCAGUGCCAGCUCUCAGUGCUCAUCCAUGUCACCUGCCAGUGCCCAUCAGUGCACAUCAAUGCCACAUAUCAGUGCCCAUCUGAGCUGCCUUUCAGUGUCACCCAUCAGUGCCAGUCAGUGCCACCUAUCAAUGCCAGUCAGUGCUACCUAUCAGUGCCAGUCAGUGACGCCUAUCAGUGUGCAUCAGUGCCGCCUAUCAGUGCCCGUCAGUGCUGCCUAUCAGUACCCAUCAUUGCUCAUCAGUGUGCCCUGAUG